CUCCUCGCGCCUUCCGGCUCGGCCUCGCUGGUGCGCCCAGGGGCUACGAACUCGUGGUUCUAGAGUCCGCCUGCCACACCGCAGGCGAUUGUCGGCUGGUUGCCAAUCGCUCGGCGCCUGCGCAAACGGAGGGCGUCCGUCACCAUGACAGCGCCUGCCGGGGGCCCAGGAUCUUGGAGUGAAAAUAUACUGGAAUAUUUUCUGAGAAAUAACCGGAUUACAACAGAAGAUGGCGCUGAGAUCAUCUGGUAUCAUGCAGCUAACCACAAGGCACAGAUGAAUGAGGCAUUGAAAAGUAAUGCUCAUAUGAUAGAGGCCGAUGUCAUUCUUCCAAGUAAUGGAUCAGAGCAUGCACAACCAGUCAUGGCCCAUCCCCCUGAAACAAACAGUGAUAAUACUCUACAGGAGUGGCUCACUGAGGUCGUGAAGAGCAAUAAAGGCAUCAAGCUGGAUUUCAAGAGUCUGGCAGCUGUGAAACCAUCCAUGAUACUCUUAGAAAAUGUGAAGAGGCACCUAAAGUGUCCCGUAUGGAUUAAUGCUGAUAUUCUCCCUGGUCCAAAUGGAAGUAACAAAGUAGUAGAUGCAAAACCAUUUAUAGACACCGUGACAUCCUUCUUUCCAGAUGUGACAUUUUCCUUGGGUUGGACAACAGGAUGGCAUCCUGAGAAGGUCAAUGAAGGGUAUAGUUGGACAAUGGUGAAGGAGAUGGAAUAUAUAUGCAAAGAACUAAAUCAGCCUGUGACAUUCCCUGUCCGAGCAGCAUUAGUUAGGCAAUCUUGUUCUCAGUUACUCUGGCUGUUAAAGAAAUCAAACAGGUACAGUCUGACAAUUUGGGCUGGAAAAAAUGAUAACUAUUCCAUUGAAGAUUUACUUUAUAUUCGAGACCAUUUUAAUAAAAGUCAAGUUUUCUAUGACAUUUUGGAACCACAAAACCAUGAAUUUAAACAGGCCAUUGGAAUCAAAUUUACUCUCUAAGAAGAACAUCUUCUAAAUUAUUUUCUGUUUUGGUUUCGUAAUCCUCUGCUUUGGUCUGAAUUAAUUGCCAUAUCAUGAUAAUAGGCUUGUGCUCAGUUUUUCUAAUCAAAAAGUGCUUAUUAUAUGCUUACUCUGUUAGACAUAUGUCCUUGUAAUGCUUCAUUUAUAUAAAAGAUUUGAUAAGAAGAGACUUCAGUGGGCUUAGUAUAAUAAUAAUUUACCAAAUGUUUUCCAAAGAAUGCCCUAAGGUAUAAUUUGCCUUUUGUUAAUCAAUUAUUUUUUUCUCCCAGAAAAUCAAUUAGUUUUCUAUAGAGAAAAAAAUAGUUUUGGUUUUGAAUGCAGACAGAUUUUCUUUACAGCCCCAUUUUUGUCCUUUACUAGCCACAGACUUUGGGCAAUGUUAAUGACAUCAACUCUCACCUUCCUCAUCCAUAAAGUGGGGAGUAAAUUGAGCAUUCUCUCAGAAAGUUGUGAGGAUUAAGUGAGACAUUACACAGACAUCUAACUCAAUGCCUAUCACACAGUUAAUGCCCUACAGAUAGUUUCUUUAAACAAAAAAAGACAACUUAUGAUUAUGUACAUUAUAGAUAGCUGGUUCUAAAAGAUACAACACAAAACACUGUAGACAUAUACUUAAAUAGUUACAGUAUUUCUACUUUAAUAUUCAUCUCUAGUUGAGCACAGUGCUAUUUGUCAUAUAAUACCUAAAAUUUCAUUUUCUGUGGUUGUUUGCUAAAAGUGAAAGGUGCAAUUUCAUAUUAAAAUUUUUACAAUUGUAAUAAAAUUUUUUUAAUUACAGUAAAAAUUUUGUUUUCUACAAUGACAUACAUUAAUUACUUUUGUACAAAGACUUGACUUAAUAAAUAAACUGCAUUUUGAUGAAAUUUGAAAUAAAAUUUAUUUGUCCAGAAGGAAUUGCUACUUUAUUAUCUUACCCUUGAUAAUAUUUUUAAAUAUUAAUAUUAUAAUUCCUUUAUAUUGAGAAAUCUAUAAGCAGAAUGGCACUUAGAUUAAGAUGUAAAGGUGUUCUUAGGGACAAAAAACACCUAAGGGAGUUAUAAAAUGUAUUCUGUUAAAGUAAAUUUUGAAUGACAAUCCAUAUGGGAAAAAUAACCUUGAAUCCCUACUUCACACCAUACAUGAGUAAUUUGAGAUCUUAGGCCUAAAUGUGAAAGCUAAAACUAUAAAGCAUUUAAAAGAGAAUAAGAAUAUUUUUGUGACUUUGGAGUAGGCAAAAGAUUUUUUUUUUUGGCUUUUGUUUUUAAUAACCAGAAAGCACAAACCAGGAAAGAAAAAAAUGAUAAAUGAACUUUAUCAAAUUUUAAAACUUCUCAUCAAAAAACCACCAUUGACACAUACCUGACAGGGCUUAUAUUUAAAAUAUAUGAAAAAUUCCUGUAAACUCAUAAGAAAAAGCCAAAAAAACUAAUUAGAAAUGAGAAAAGACUUGAAAAGAUGCUUCACAAAAGAAGAUAGUCAAAUGGCCAAAAGAAUAUGAAAAGGUUCACAAUCGCAUUAUUCAUCCAGUAAAGGCAAAUUUAAACCACAAUGGAAUACCAAUAUAUACCAAUGAGAAGGGCUAAUUUUUUUUUUAAUUGUACCAGAGAUUGAACCCAGGGCAUUAACCACUGAGCCACAUCCCCAGCCACCUUUUAUUAUUAUUUUAUUUUGAGAUGGGGUCUCUCAAAGUUGCUGCUGGCUUCACCAUGUUGCUGAGGCUGGCUUUGAACUUGCUAUCCUCCCACCUCAGCCUAGGGAGCUGCUGGGAUUAUAGGCGUGUGACACCCUGCCUUGCAGAAAGGCUAAGAAUGUUAAUGAGGACCAAUGGUGCAUUGUAGGAAAGAAAGGAAAGCAGUUUGGCAGCUUCUUAUAAAGACAGUAUCUAUACCCAGGGCCCAGCCAUUCUCACUGUAGCAUAAAUUCAAGAGGAAAGAGCUAAUAUGUGUGCAUAAAAAGAUCUCCACAAGAAUUUUCAUGGGGUUGGGGCUCUACCUCAAUGGUACAGUGCUUGCCUUGCACAUGUGAGACAUUGGGUUCUGUCCUCAGCACCACAUAAAAAUAUUGUGUCAAUCUACAACUAAAAAAAAUUUUAAAAAAAGAAUGUUCAUAACAACUAUAUUCUUAGCCAAAAAUAAACUAGAAACAACCAACUUUCCAUCAAUUAGAAGAUUGCUAAAUGGCAAAAUUACUAAAAAUGUUUGAACUACUGAUACGUAAAACAAAAGGGUAAAUAUUAAAAACAUGCAAAAGGAACAGUUUACAUGAGCCACAUAGUAUAAGCAUCCAUUUAUAUGAAGUUCAAGAAGAGCCCAAACUAGUAUAUUGGGAUAGAAGUCAGAACAGUGGUUAGCCAUGGGCAUGGGUAGGUUAUUUUCUAAGAUGAGGCAUAUGGGAAUGUUUUGGGGUUGGUGAAAAUGUUCUGUAUCUUGUUCUUGUGGUUAUUUCAAUGUGUAUGUAGUCAAAAAAUUAUUGAAUUGUACAUUUUACUGUAUGUAAAUUAUAUAUAUGAAUUUCAUGUGGAAAGAUGUUACGAUCUAUAUUGGCAGGUUGUAAAAGAACAUUAUGGUAUCAUACUAUUUAUGUAAAAUUGUAUGUAUUUAUAUUUAUAGAAAAAUUUUAGAAAGAAGUUCAAACACAAAAAUAGGUAAAUGGUUAAGUAUUAACUACUUGUCCCUUCUCUAGUCUCCAGUCUAACAUAUUGAGAUCCCAAAGACUCCAAAUGCUAUUGCCCAAGACUGGCAGAGCAACCCUAACCCUAACUCUGAUAAGAGAUUCAUUCAGUUGUUCAAAAAUUCAGAAUGACUAACUUAUGCUAUGUGCAUGAUUUUAGUCAGUUAUUUCCCUGAUGUGACCAAAAGACCUGACAAGAAUAAUUAGAGGAGAAAAAGUCUACUUUAGGACUCACAAUUUCAGAAGUCUUAGACCAUCGCCUGCCGACUUUUUUUCUUUGGAACCCGAGGUGAGGCAGAAUAUCAUGGCGGAAGAGUAUAGGGGAGGAAAGCAGCUAGGAACAUGACAUCAGGAAUCAGAGCAAGCUUGCAGCAGUCUGGCUGGGCACAAUUCAGGAGCCACUUGUCAAAAGAAACUAACUUUAUUUUUAGAACCACACAUGCCAAACAAAACAAACAAAACAGCUCCUCAGGAAAAACCUUCAGAGCCCAACUGCCACCACCGGCUUCCCACAAGCCUCUCAACCUCCCCCACUCCUCCUGCUCUUGAGGCCGAUUGGCUGGGUCGUGUGGGCAGAGCCAAAAAAGUCCCCCAAUGAGCAGCUCCGGGUGGGGAAACAGCCAAAUGAGCAUCACCGCAGAGGACCCAAUCAGCUAGAAGCUGCUGGGGCUGCUGUGAGCCAAUCAUCAGCUGGCAGUCUGAAAGUUUGCUGGGGCCCCUUUGGCUGUGGCUCUCAACACAAGCUCCUGUCUUCAGGGACAGAAUAUACACCCCAAAGGCACGCCCUCAAUGACCCGCCUCCUCCGGCCAUACCCUACUUGCAGAUAUUUACCACCCAGUUAAUCCCUACUAGGUACUAAUGCACUAAUUAGGAUAAGACUCUCAUAACUGAAUCAUUUUGCAUUGUCUCAUAUGUGAGCUUUUGGGGAACAUCUAAAAUAUCUAAACCAUAAGAGCAUAUAUGAGUAUAUCACAAUUAAUUUUGUAGAACUAUUACACACCAAUUUAAAAAUAAUGAAUAAUAGAAGGAAGACCAAUAGAGCAGAGAAAGGGAAUCAGGGGAGGGGGUGAGUGAGCAAGGUAUUAAAAUAGAACAAAUGAUGUUAUAUGCAUUUAUGAAUAUGUCAAAAUGAAUUCCACUGUUAUGUAUGAAUAUAAUGAACUAAUAAAAAAUUAAAGAAAAGCACAGUUGAUUUUGGCCCUGUAAGAGUGAUAGAAUUGCUAAUUAUUCAAAUAUGUACUAAUUUAUCCAGUGGGAAAUUAUUAAAAGUAAUUUGGAACAGUU